CGAAACAAAAACUAAUUAAGUCAGUGUUUAAGCAAACGAAAAUGAUAAGUGGAACAAACAAAGAGUGAAAACUUUUACAGCCAACCACUACUUCAUUGACUACUUGAAUGAGUUUCAAUGAAUGUGGAAUUUGAAGUAUUCGUGACCAGUGUUCUCAAUGUUAGGUGCCAUGUGUUAAAUCUUACUAUCAACGUCAAUGGGGAGAAGUACAAUUAAUAUAUAAAAACGUCGAGAAAAGGAUGAAAUAAAUUUGUUUUAUUUGCAUUUUGAAACAUAUUGACCCUAACAACCCACAAGAAUAACGACUAUAAAUUAAGACCACAUUAAGGAUGGUGGAGGAAAAGUCAUCGCUGACAGCACCCAACAAUACGGUUGUUUACAAAGAGACCACGAAGCCGAUAAAGCCAAAGAGGCGAGACAAAAGUGAUUUGGGUCCGGAUUUUGUAGCUCCAGAUGGUGGUUGGGGUUGGGUGGUGUGUUUGGCAGCAGGAUUUAGCAAUUUUUCACUUUUUCCACCACUGCAACAAUAUGGCCUCAUAUACAGACGACGAAUGCAAUAUUUUGGAUUCGAUGCCAAACAGACAACCACAAUUGUUAAUGUGGUCAUGGCGAUCUCAUCGCUGAUCGGUCUAGUGAACGGUGCCAUGUUCAGGAGAUUCACUUUCAGACAGGUGGCACUGGCCGGAAGUAUUCUAGGAUUUGCCGGAAUACUUCUUUCGGCGUUCUGUCAAACAUUUGUGCAGUAUUUGAUAUGCUUCUCAUGCAUUUAUGGUAUUGGACUGGGUCUUUGCAUGGCCGCCAGUUCCUUGGCCGUCAACACAUAUUUCAAAAAUAAGAGAAGAAAAGCCACAGGUUUCUCUUGGACCAUUACUGGGCUGGGUCCCAUUAUAUUCCCCCAUAUCUCUACGCUAUUGAUGACGUUUUAUGGUGCCCAAAUUUCCAUACUGACCUAUGCAGCUAUUUCAUUAAAUGCCUUUCUAUGUGCCUUAACAUUCCAACCGGUGCUCAGGCAUUCGCCCAAGCCGGAUGCUGCAAAGACAAAGGAAGCCAAUGGCAACACCAUUCAUAAUGACCAGGAUGAAUACGAGUGCAAGUACUGCCAGUAUCAGAAGAGAGAGAAGCGUAGUAUUUUCUCCUCACAGUAUCUUUUCAAUGACGAUGAUCCGGAGAGACCAGGCUAUGAAAUUAUCGAACCCGGUACUCCCAUGAUGGCCCGUGCCAAUGACGGUUGGUAUGGCUCUAAACUGUCAUUGGCAGACAAGGGUAUGCGCUACAGAUCCAACAAAGGCUUGAAUAACACAUCAAGAAAAGACAACUGCGAAACUGGCCAGGAGCAACAUGAGCUGCACGAAAGUUCUCUCCACAAGCCAAAUUAUUUCAAUCGCGAAAAGGAAGAAUUGGAUCGAUAUGCCAGCAAAGUUAGCAUUUACUCAAAGGAAUACAUGCAUUGCACCUGCGCCGAAGAAAAAGCCCUCCUGCAAAACAGAUCCGAAGAGCUCAAACGAGAGGAAGAGGCUAAGCUGCAAGCCCAAAGGGAAGAAGAUGAAGCGGCAAAAAGUCGCAUGACUUUCUGUCAGAAGAUUGUUCACUUUUUUGACUUGGAUCUACUGAGAGACUUCACAUUUGUUAAUUUGGCUGCGGGCAUGACCAUGAUGAUGUUCGGAGAAAUGAAUUUCUCUGUGCUAACGCCCUUCAUCCUAAACAGCUUUGGCUACAGUGACAAUCAGAUAUCGUUGGCCAUGUCUCUGCUGGGUGGCAUGGAUAUAGCAGUUCGUUUUUUGGCCCCCUUCGCUUUGGAAAAGGUCAAGCUCGAUAAUCAGGUUCUGUUCGCAUUCGGUAUCAUUGCGAUUUCCAUUGGGCGAUUGAUAGUAACUCUCACCGAUUCGUAUUAUGUGGUUGUGGCUGUGUUCAUUUUGAUAGGUUUUGGUAAAGGUUUCCGCACCAUAUUUUCCCCACUCAUCAUACCAAGCUAUGUGCCCCUGAAUCGUCUGCCGGCAGCAUCGGGAAUACAACUGAUUUUCAAUUCAAUAUUUUCAUUUGCCUUGGGUCCAGUGCUGGGUUCUAUAACGGACAAUUUCGGUUACGCUGUCACUAUUCACUGCAUCAACACAUUGACUUGUAUGGCUCUGCUAUUUUGGCUGCUGGAGUCCACCAUCCGCAGGAGCCUUAAAAAGAAAUCCCCAGCUCCUCAAACCUAAGGAGGCAAUCCCAACGAAUUCUAUAGAUAUAAGUCUCUUGUAAUUUGUACAUAAACCACUGAUGUAGCCUUGUCUCAUAUAUUUUUAAAUGGGUUUUGCCCUCUCUCUCCAAAAGUUUGUAGGCUACUGGUAAACUGAGGCCUGUAUUACUUUCUAGUAGAUAAGCAAUUGUAUAGCUCUGCAACAACGUAUUUAUUUAGAUUAGUUUAGUUUUUUAUGAACUCUACUUAAUAAGUUAGUUAGAUAUUUUAUGUAGCCCUAAUUAAAAUAUUAACAAAUGAUAAGAACAUAAAAGAACAGCUUGUUUUUGUUUGUUCUUCGCACACAUCUGGCUGUCUCUUCUCAAUAAAUGUAUACAUACUAAAAAGACAUUUUAA